UUCAGCUGCCUUUGCCGGCAUUAGCCAGCUUAUUUAAUGACGGAGUAAAUAUUUAAUCCCGAUCCAGAAUACGCUGCUCAACCUACAUCUGCGCACGUACUACGACGGGCGUAUUAAAUUAACCGCGGUGGCUCUUGCGCACCGCAGGCAUCACGUUACCGGUUACCUGAUGAUCUUGAUCCUGAGAUGGAAACUCGUACUUUCUCUACAUUGACAUUUGCUUUAAUACGUCACAGUGCGACUUCCUUAAUAGCCGCUGUCGCUGCUCCGUUCAAGGUGGAGAUUGUUACAUGGGGACAUGUGAGCCUGUUGUCAAUAUCGUCCAUUGUCUACAAUGGCCCGCCAAUAGAAACCGCUGUCGCCGAAAUGAAUACGAAAUAUAACGGAUCUAUCUAUGCUUAUCAUACGGUGCUGGCCAAUUCAUCUAUCGUAUCGUGCGACGAUAUGGUCUCGCAGAUUGAUGCGGUCAUGUCCAGUUGGUAUUAUCGAAAACGUAUGGAUGUUAACAUGAGCGUUCUUAUUGCAGCCGGUUGUACGGAACAAUACAACAUAAAUCGUUUGGCAGCUGCAUGGAAUCUAUUGAUGCUGACCAGUGUGGCAAGCGAUGCCAUUCAGAUCCACAAGGACAUCACGCCCACCUGGGUAUCCAUGCCGCCACAAACACCCCAGGGUUACGCCGCCUUUCUGCGUAACCUUGUCCUCCGCUACAACUGGACAACAAUUUAUAUUGUCGUGGAGGAAUCGGUUAAUCUGGGAUAUGUUCAGAUUGCCAGUAAUUUCUUUACCCUAUUCAACAAUAUAAGCAAUGCCCAGGUCAUCCGGCGUUACGUGCGCGCUAUCAAUGCAUCCAGCUACGAUGGCAUUUUGGAGGAGUUCCGGAAAAGCUGUCGCGUCCUGAUGUUUUUCGGACAUGCGACCAAACUGCGAAGCUUCAUGAUAAGCGCUUUCAAGGCGAACAUGACCUCUGAAGAAUACGUAUAUGUCGCAGUGGGACAGACCUUUCCGUACAAACCAUUUGGCAACUAUACGUGGGAGUAUGACGAUGCCGACGAUAAAAUUGCUAGACAAGCCUUCCAAAAUUUGCUGCUGGUUGAAAUUUUUGAUGCUACGAUUCGCAGCCCAUCCGACACGCUGCGAGAUACCUGGAUCGAGAUGGCGAAAGCGGAAUACAACUACACAAUUAAAUGGAACGAAACAGCGGUUCAGUUUUUGGCUGCAGCCUACGGUUCCGUGGAGAUAUUCUUUCAAAUACUAAACGAAAGCCUUGCCAAACAGACUGAAUUCGAUUAUAGCCAUGGGAAAGGAUUCGCUUCGUUAUUCUACAAUCGCACGUUUAACACCAGGUUUUUAAGGAUUGCUAUCGAUGAAUUCGGCCAGCGACGUAUUGCAUUCGCGGUGAAAUCAUUGAAUCCUGAGACGAACCACAUGGAUACAGUAAUGUAUGAGAAUUAUGGCAGUACCGAAAUCCAAGUAAACGGCACAAUUUACUGGGCAGGGAAACCAAACAGCCUGCCUCCGCGAAACGAACCGAUCUGUGGAUAUUUCGGCAACAAAGGACCCUGUGCUCCAAAAGAUGAUGCGGGCAAGAUAAUCGGAAGUGUGGUUGGCGUUUUUGUGGUUGUUUGCGGCAUCUUGAUUACAGUGGCGUAUCGCAUGAUUAGACAGCGUCUGCAAUUUGACUCAGCAGAAUUAUCCUGGAUAAUUGAUUACAGCCAAUUAGCACGGCCAGCUGGUCUUCGGUCAACAGAAUCAUUGACACAAACGAACUAUUCGGCGACGUAUUUGCCGGUACAGCAGCAUGUCUGGAUCUAUUCGGUGCCACUGGACGAUAACGUUAACGCCGCCAUCGGAACGUUCGCGACACCGUCUAGAGCUACGGCUCGGCUAAUUUACGAACUGCGACACAUUAGCUCGGACAAUAUCAAUGUCCUCCUUGGACUGAGCUUGGGCUUUAACAGAACGCGGCUGCUCUUUGUCGCGCCUUUCUGCGAACGCGGCUCUCUCCAUGACCUUUUCGAUCUACAAAAUCGUCUGGAUAUGGACCUGCAAAAUUCGCUCGCUAUUGAUCUUAUUCGUGCAAUACAUUUCAUCCAUACCAAGACAUCGCUCCGGUACCACGGUCAUCUGUCGCGAUGGGUGUGCCUUAUUGAUCGUCAUUUCACCUUGAAAAUUGGAAAAUUUGGAUACGUGGCAUUAUCGCAGAGUUUGUGCGGUCGUGCGGUAGAAAAGCCGCAUGACAACGCUAAGAAACUGCUCUGGACAGCGCCAGAACUGUUACGAGACGCCAAAGGUCAUCCAGACAAAGCCACAGAUAUCUACAGCACCGGCAUUAUUUUGUAUGAGAUUUUCACUUUGCGAUAUCCAUACGACAAUUCACCUCAACCUUCUGGCAACCUGGAAAACAAUGCUAAUAAAAUAAUCAAGACCAUCCGGAGCGGCCAGUCUCCAUAUCUGCGUCCAACAGUUGACCAUCCCACUAGGCAGCUGAGUACGGUGAUGCAAAUUCUGGAUGCAUGUUGGAAUGAGCAGCCAGCACUGCGCCCCGAUUCUUCCAGUCUUCUCAAUCAAAUAACCAGCAAACUCGGCUUAUCGUACAAACAGGAUACAUCGUUUUUUGAUAAUAUAUUACACCGACUGAAGAAAUACGCUGACGCUUUGGAAGACGAAGUCUACAAUCGCACCGUGGAGCUGCAGAUCGAGCGGAAGCGCUGCGACGAACUGUUGUGCGAAAUUCUCCCGCGCAUUGUCGCGGAACGCCUGCGAAAUGGGGGAAAGGUCGAACCAGAAUACUUUGAAAGCGUGACGGUACUGUUUUGUGAUGCAUAUGGAUUUGAGACGCAUGUCGUGGACCUACAGUCGCCGAUUGCCGUCACGGGAUUUUUGGGGAAACUGUAUUUCGCUUUUGAUCCCGUUGUGAAGAGUUUUAAUGCUUACAAGGUGGAAACAGUCGCCAGUUCGUACCUUAUAGUCAGCGGUCUGCCAGUGGAAAUCGACAACCACGUGAGCGAAAUUGCGUCUUUGGCGCUGGCGCUCAAAAAAACGUUCGUCGUAUUUGUGGAGACCGAUGGGCUGCAGUUUGUCGGCGGUAUGCAUACCGGGCCAUGCGUGGCUGGAGUGGUAGGCCACGUGAAUCCUCGCUACUGCUUAUUUGGCGACACAGUAAAUACAGCCUCACGAAUGCAGAGCUACAGCCUUCCUGGCUAUAUUCAGCUGAGCGCAGAAACGGCUGACCUCCUCCGCAGCGUUCCUUAUCAGCCUUACGAAAUCAAGGAGCGCGGGAGUAUAGAUAUCAAAGGAAAGGGGGCGCAGACAACGUACUGGCUACUCGGAGGACACACCACUAGAAUGCCUUAAACUACAAUACAGUACCAGAAUCAUAGCAUGCACCUGUGGCUUACAGUAUUAUAACAUUUACUUUUACGAAAGCUCAAAUUUGCUGUACUGGUCUGUAAUUCAGAGUUUAAU